AAUGCCACCUUAGUUUGAUCCAGUACCUGAGGUUUAUUGCGUUUCAUUACCGAUCUGUAGGUAAUUAGUGGGCUCAGUUUUUCGCCGCAACGACGAUAAAAUGUCUACGGUUAUUUACGGUCUUGUUAUAACGUUAUUUAUUUUUGGCAAAUCGAUGGCAGAUGAUGGACUGGCCGAAAUGAUGAAAAUGCUACACGACACAUGCGUCGGAGAGACAGGCGUCGCUGAGGACGUGGUCAUCGCGGCCAAAGCCGGUAAUUUUGCGGAAGAUCCGAAGUUGAAGUGUUUCAUGCUGUGCCUGUUGAAUGAAGUUUCUGCUUUUGAUGACGGCGAGAUCGACAUAGAAACACUCAUCGCAAUAAUACCCGAAUCCAUGGCGGCCCAGGUUGAGCCAAUAAUUCGAAACUGUGGAGUAAUCAAGGGUUCCGAUGAUUGUGAUACGGCGUUCCUGACGAACAAGUGUUGGUACAAUGAAAAUCCAGCUGUAAGUAUGAUGAUUGGCGGAGGAUCGAAUUUUGUAAUUUUUAUUGCUGCGGAACGUAAAAUAGGCAAGUAAGAACAAAUAAUUACGCUUUUCUCAUUUGUUUUCAGUUAUACGCGGAUUUAUAAUUUCGUUGGGCUCGCAGUAAUUUCCAGGAGUCCCCUUCAAAGGAGAAAAACCUUGCUGUGUUCGGCAUAGACAUACUACAUGUUUUCAAUCAAGCAUUUUUUGGUGAAAUGACAAAUUUUUUAAUGUAACGAUAUACCCCAACAUGUUAAUUAAUGCAGCUGUCCUAAACAUCCGUGCAUAUCAGUUCUCAAAAUUUACAGCAUAUAGCAUAUACCCAUGUAUAUGCACAUAUGUAAGAUCUUGUAAUGAUUUCA